GACAUCACACCAAGACAUAGGCUACACAAAUAAACAGACAGACAAAUAGACAGUGACAGUAUAGCAAGCCUGUCUUUACAAAGACAGUAGGCUUACAGAACAAGACCAGAUAUAAAACAAACGGACUCAGUGCUCAUGCAGACAAAGAUAAAGACAAACAAAAAACACUCAAUAAGACCACAGGCAGGUGAUAGUACUUCGCCAGCAGUUUAGUCCACAAGUCCCCUUUCGGCCCGGUGAGCAGAUCAGCCAGCAGAUUAGGGGGCAGUGGCCGCGGCGGUGGGCGGCUCUCUCUUCUCUCCGGCAUGGUGAAUAAAAAGUCGCUUGCAUGAUGUUCCCGUACGUUGCUCCUGGACAGUCCAGUGGCGAAACGUAGGCCUGCAGCUAGAUGGCAGAGGUGUGAAAGUUGGCAGGCGGUGGCAGACGGUUUGCAAGAACCAUGAAAGGAAAUGCAGUGUUUAUGCUCGUAUACGUCUUCACCUUGUGGAUGUGCCUGCCUGUAAUCGGUGUGAGAAAAAGUGGCAUAGUACAUGAGACCAUUACCCUCCCCUGCAAUCUGUUCUGCAAUGACACAUUGACAUGGACAUUGUUGGAUACUGGCCCGGUGAUCAGGUGUGAGAGAGGAGAUUGCCAAACAGGAAAGGGGUUUGAAAACAGAGUCAGGGUUUCAAAUGAAAGCUUUCAUGGCAACCGUACUCUUGGUCUCAUCAUCGGUUUACUAAAGUUCAAUGAUCAGGGUCACUAUGAAGGCAAAUGUGGUGACCAAUAUUGUGAUUAUACGCUUCAGGUUUUGGUACCUGUUGAUGUGAACGUAUCCACUGGAAACAAUGCCACCCUACCUUGCUAUGCGGCCAUGAAAAAAAACAAAGACCACAAAACGGCCUAUAUUUUGUGGGAGAGGAAUGGGGAGAUGGUACUGUUGCUUAAGAAUGGAACGUUCACUUAUGGCCGCAUGCUGGAGAACAGAGUGUCAGUUUCUAAAAAUGGCUACAAGAAUGGUGACCUCUCCCUUCACAUCGUUGAUGCCCUUCCAUCUGAUCAAGGAGUAUACGUAUGCCAGUAUUCGGACACAGGAAAAACCGAUGAUUUCAAAGGGGGUCCAAAUUCAGUAAGGCUCAAUGUACAAGGAGAGACAAAGUCAUGGUUCUGUGUAGUUCUUAGUUCCUUGGUAACCUUGGCCAGUACACUGAUUCUACAAGCUAUCGUUUACUGCCUGUGCAAAGGCAUCCAAAGUUAUUUUAGAUGUCCAGAGGUUCCCAGAAUGUCUGUGCCUGUACAAAAUGACGACAGAAGCUCCACUCCUCUGAGGGAUUUAAAGGAUGUCUCCUCAGUCUGUCCCAAUUUUGAGUAAGACAUGUAAGAAGCUGAACUUUGCCCUUCUCACUAUUGUUACGGCGGUAACUAUUGUGAUUGGCAAUCAAGUGCCUUUCUGCUGCCAGCAUCCAUGUCAGAGCUGUGGAUGGCUGUGUGUAUCGUCUUAUGUUGUCCUGAACUGUUGUCUUGCUGUGUAAUCUGGACCUGCUCAUUUUAAAGUUACUAAGGUGGUAGUGUGCCGGUCCGGCAAUUACUCCCAGUGGUGCGAGUGGCUACCAGUGGCGUAACGUAGCUGUGCUGGGCCCCGGUGCAAGCAUUUUCAUUGGGCCCCCCCUCCAACACCACCCCAACCCCCUGCGACACAAACACACACACACCCGCACACAAAAUUAAAUGAGAUGAUUCGCCAACAUGAUCAGAAUGUGACAGACAGUGGCUACCUGACUAAUCAUCGUGCUACUAUCUCUGAAUUCCCCCAACUUCCGAAACCGAAACACAGAUAACGUAUAGCCAUAGAACAAUUAAAUAGCCAUCAAGAAAAGCAUCAAGGAAAACACAGCAACAGCAACGCGGUGGUGCCUACACAAUAUAUAAUCACACAAUUGCUUAUUUUAGCCUAAAUCAGUGUGUCGCUGCGGUCAGAUAGCCUUCCACAAACAGGUCACAGAAAGAGUACCUCACAUAUGCCUACUCCAUAAAAAAGCAACCUGUAAGUAACCCAUUAGAAGUUCAAUCUAUGGGCCAGCAAAGUCAUUGAUGAUAUACUGUAUUGUUGAAACCCAACUGCCUGGCUCUGUUGUUCUCUAUGGCGAGUAUGGCCAAUCCACUCAAUUGUUCAAGUCCCAUGCUAGCCUACUCCUUAGGUAGGACUUAACGCCAGCAACAUUCAAGGUGUUUGAAUAGUUUUUAAAUUUCAAUCAUUUGGAUUUAGUCUCCUCCAGUUCUUGUCUUUCUUUUCUCCUCUGCGUACCACUUGUAUGUUUACUAAUUGGUGAUUGCAUUGCUGAUUAUUAUAACUAAGCUACAACACAUCCAGAAGUAGCUUCACAACAUAAUGUAAUCAUAAUGUAAUCCCGAAUGACAGGAAAUGUGUAAACACAUUUCCCCAUUCCCAGCAGGCCUUGAUCAUUUGUAAAAAUUGACAAUGAAUAAAGAAAUUUAAUAAGUUGCAGGUUUUUACUUCUAACUCAUAUUGUAGCUUAUGUUGUAACAUCUGAAAGUAAACACAAUGCAAAAUUACAUAUACAAAUAGGGUCAUCAUGACUUAACAGUUAUAGGGCACGAGAGUGGUAUAAAUAGCUGUCAAUCCCUCAAAAUUAUGAAUUGUGAGAAAAAUAUUGACAUCCGAGAGUUGCCGACGUAAUUUCAUCUUAAUUACGAUGUUGCAUGUUGGGCCCGAAUACUGACAGGAGGGGGCCCCCAUCCGUGCCUGCACCGCUGCACCAUUGGUAGUUACGCCAAAGUCCUUUUAGGCAAGUCACUCCACUCGGCGGCCAUAUACCAACGUUUUAUGGGCACUCAUCGGGCACAGUCUUUGGGUCGAACUGCGCGUGCGCAAGGCUU